UGGCUGUUAGUGGCCACUAGAGGCUCUCAGGGUUGGGCAGGGUAUGGGGGUUGUGUUUAUGUGAUCUCCCACUACCCCCCACCUGGCCAGAUCUAAAAUAAUAAAAUGCUGAGCUCACUGUUCCUCCACCCUCUCCCCGGCACCAGGCUCCUCCUGCUGCUGGGACAGUGCUCCACCAGAACAGACAGACCGACAAAAAGGGAGGUGAGAAGGGAAGUGGCCACCAGGACUGGUAGGUGGGGAAGGCAGGGGGUUUAUGGAUGAGAGCCUUGUGGGAUGGGAGGAGAGAGUGGCUCCUAUUGGGAACGAUAUGGAGCGUGCCUCUUUCACACUGUGUAUGUUUCUGAUACUGUCCGUCUUGUCCCUUAACUGUAUAGGGUAUAUAUUAUCACUGUAAGUGUCUCACACUUUGUGGAUGAUUCAUAUUCAGCAUGGUGUGUAUGUGCAGCUUAUGUGUAUUUUUCAUAUUGUAAAAGAUUGUGCAAGUUUAAUCCUCUCACUGUUUUUAGAGAAACUUUAUCUCAUUUAUAAGGCAUUUCCCACCCAUUAGUCUGGUAUCACCUUCUCCAAAGUCAGGAACAAAUAAUGGGUGAUAAGGCCUUCUGAGGCUGUAUCACCCUGCCCCUAACCUCAAAGAUCCCUAGACUCUGAACCUUUGCUUUCCCUUAGGGUUUAGAAUUUUAGCAAACAUAAGAAUCAAGUCUUGAUCCCCCUACAAUAAAAGAUGAAAUGGGGAUAGGGCAAAAGAACUGUCCCCUCCCCCCCCAAUCCUUUUUCUGCUUAACCAGUUUUGGAGAAAGGUAGGAUUAUGGGGAAGAGAGGAGGAAUUUCCCUGAAGCUCCCUGCCUUCCCCCCUUUCCUUUCAAUGGGAAUCAGGCAUAGGGCCAGCUGUUCUGGCAGGGCCCCCCCAACAGCUGUGCUAGAGCAAAAGGUACUGACCGGCGAGGUUAUAGGGGACAGUUGCUGCCAAGAGAUCUGUCAUGCAGUGAGAGGGCAAACUCAACCUGGAUGCCUUGGAUCCCCAUCCAGUGACUGGAAUCUAGGGAAGUCGGAAGAAGGAGGUCUGGUUCUGGCUCCAAACCACCUAACUUUCUUCCCCCAUUCUCCCAUCCCAACUAGAUUUCUAAGCUCCAAGGCAUCCAGGUCCUUGUUCUGCCUCCUUGGCUGGUCUCUUUGUGUCCCUACUGUGUGUAUGUAUUUCUUCCACUGUUCAACCACUUUCCUCAUAUCCCCAGGCUCUGUGAGCUCCACACUGUGGGGAGGGGGUGGGGGCCACCAUGUCAUCGUAUCAGAAGGAACUGGAGAAAUACAGAGACAUAGAUGAAGAUGAAAUCCUAAGGACCUUGAGCCCUGAGGAACUAGAGCAGCUGGACUGCGAGCUGCAAGAGAUGGACCCCGAGAACCUGCUCCUGCCAGCUGGACUAAGACAACGUGACCAGACAAAGAAGAGCCCUACCGGGCCACUGGACCGAGAUGCCCUUUUGCAAUACCUGGAGCAACAGGCACUAGAGGUCAAAGAGCGUGAUGACUUGGUGCCCUUCACAGGCGAGAAGAAGGGGAAACCCUAUAUUCAGCCCAAGAGGGAAAUCCCAGCAGAGGAGCAGAUCACCCUGGAACCUGAGCUGGAGGAGGCAUUGGCCAAUGCCACAGACGCUGAAAUGUGUGAUAUUGCAGCAAUUCUGGGCAUGUACACACUGAUGAGCAACAAGCAAUAUUACGAUGCCAUCUGCAGUGGAGAAAUCUGCAACACCGAAGGCAUUAGCAGUGUGGUACAGCCUGACAAGUAUAAGCCAGUACCAGAUGAGCCCCCAAAUCCCACAAACAUUGAAGAGAUUCUAAGGAAGAUUCAAAGCAAUGACAAAGAGCUGGAGGAGGUGAAUCUCAAUAAUAUACAGGACAUCCCAAUACACAUGCUAACUGAGCUGUGUGAAGCAAUGAAGACAAAUACCUACAUCCGGAGCUUCAGUCUGGUGGCCACAAGGAGUGGUGACCCCAUUGCCAAUGCAGUGGCUGGCAUGUUGCGUGAGAAUCGUAGCCUCCAAAGCCUCAACAUCGAGUCCAACUUCAUUAGCAGCACAGGGCUCAUGGCUGUGCUGAAGGCAGUUCGGGAAAAUGCUACACUCACUGAGCUCCGUGUAGACAACCAGCGCCAGUGGCCUGGUGAUGCAGUGGAGAUGGAGAUGGCCACCAUGCUAGAGCAGUGUCCCUCUAUUGUCCGCUUUGGCUACCACUUCACACAGCAGGGGCCACGAGCUCGGGCAGCCCAAGCCAUGACCCGGAACAAUGAACUACGUCGCCAGCAAAAGAAGAGAUAACACUGCCUUUCUCUUUUCCAACUAGAGCUGGAAAUCUUGGACUUAAAUCCUCAUCUAUCCCUUUCCUGUAAAUAAAGGCCCUUCUGUCCA